UGGUGAUAAAAAAGAAGGAGAAGCUCACCAGCUUUCCGACAUAUGUAUCUUUGCUAUCACCGGAGUUUUGGAAACAAGUUGACGAAGAAAGAGAAGAAGAAGAACAAGGUGAGUCACUAGGUGGUGCAAUAUCCAUACUGAUAUGCCUGAAGCAAAGCAAGGCGUGGAGUGGUUUGAUACUGAAUGCAGCAAUGUGUGGGGUUUCAAACAAGUUCAAGCCGGUGUGGCCACUGGAGGAGCUACUUCCCAUGGCUGCUUUCGUCGCACCCACUUGGAAAAUUCCAAUUACAGAUGAUCCUGUCAAGAAGUCAUACAAGGAGGAGUGGAAGAGAAAGCUGGUCAUGAAGAGCCCCAACCGCCUCUCCAACAGCAAGGUGACAGCAGCAACAGCACUUGAGUUUCUGAGAGUCUGUGGGUACAUACAGAGGAACUGCCAUCGGCUCGAGCUUCCAUUGUUGAUGGUGCAUGGUGGGGAAGACAAGAUUUGUGAUCCUGAAUCGGCUAGUUUGGUGCAUGAAUCAGCUGCUAGCAAGGACAAGACUUUAAACAUCUUCAAGGGUAUGUGGCACCAGUUCAUUGGCGAGCCAAAUGAGAGUGUUGACCUGGUAUUUGGGAUGAUAUUGUCAUGGAUUGGAGACAGAGCUGGCAAAGCUAAAACUAAUAUUGGUAAUGAUCCUGAGAAUUGAGAUUGCAAUAAUCAGUGAUGAACAGGGACCGAGCCAGAAUUCAUUCUUAUUGAAUGCGUUACUCUAACUUGUGUCUUGUGUUGAUCGCCUCUAUCUAAUGGAUUCCUCGAUCUCUUUGUGGAGCUUCUUUUU